UUCAAAUCCAGAUGAACGUUUAACCGAAAUAGUUCGCGCUGUUUGCUCAGUUUUUGAAUCAGAAUUAAAUUAUAAUUGUGUUUAAUAUUCAAAUGAAAUUCACAUGGAGAUCAUAUCAGCUGCACCGGUUGUGUUUUUCCUGUUGGGAAUCUGGAAUGAAGGUCUAGCAGUUCUGAUCCAAACCCAGCAGACGGUGUUGGCAGCAGUAGGAGAAGAUGCUCCUCUCAGCUGUCAGCUGAUGAUAACUAAAGACGUCCAGCAGGUCACCUGGCAGAAGGUCUUGGAGAAAACAGAGAGGAAUAUUGGAUCCUACAGCGAGUAUUUUGGUGAAACAGUGAAUGACGGAUUUAAAGAUAAAGUUCAGUUUACAGAAGCUGGACUGCAGAAGAACUCGAUAGUUAUCAGGAAUGUUACGGAACAGGAUGCAGGAUGCUACCUGUGUCUGUUUAAUGGAUAUCCUGAUGGAGCUCUGACAGCUGCAACAUGUCUGAAGGUUUAUGAGCUGCAUGGACCCUUCAUUGAUGUCAGCAGAUCAGAAUCUCCUCCAGGGUUGGUGGUGACCUGUUCAGCCACAGGUCAACCUGUUCCCAUGGUAACACUGACUGUUCUCCAUCAGAACCUCAGUUUCUCCGACAACAACACCUGCAGAGAGACCAACACUAACGGUACCGUCACCGUCACCACUACAGCUCUGCUCUCAGCUCUCAGCAACACACAGGUUGGAUGUUCAGUAUCACUGGACUCUGCUGCUCCCAGAGAUCUGCUGGUCAUCGUUCCUGGACUCAUUGAUACGUCUGAUGAUGGGUUGGUCAAACAUUGUCGAUCGUAUUGCCACACCCUUCAUUUGCCUUUGAUUGCUGCAGUCAUGUCAGUCGUGGUUUGUUUCGCCAUCCUGCUCGGAAUAAGAUUUCAGAGAAGCCACAGGAAUAAGAAACCUUCAGAGGACUCCACAGAAAACCAAAAGAUGAACGUCUCACCAGCGUCGAGCAACAACCUCAGACAACGAUCACCUGAAAAACAAAAAUUAAACGGUGGAUUAUAUCCAUCGCCAUGACAACAGGAGCACGACAUUUUGACCUUUUUGUUUGGGUAACUCAGCAAUAUCUGAUCAGACCGAUCAGACUGAUUUGGCAGCUAAUCCUGAAGUUAAUUGGAUGAAAACCGAUAAUCGAGUUUUUGUCUCUGUUCCAUUGAACAACAAUCAGUGUUUAGAAGAGCAUCAAAUGUUUUCUGAUUAUGUGUUGUUUUCAGUGAUGCUUUUUUUGUUUGUUUUGUCCAUCAAAUUUGAUCAAAGAUGGCGACAAAACAUUUCUUGUAACCAUGCCGUUAAACAAAAGAAACAUACUUGCACCUCUUCAAGUAUUGCCUGAUUGUUUUCCUGCUUUUUUUAAAUAAUGGUCUCCCAUUUCUUUGUUUUGAAAUGUUUUUUUAUUUUUACAAAAAAUAUACAGAAGAAUUUUUUUUUUUACUGAAGGUAAUUAAUGCAUCUACAUCACAAAUUAGUCAAAUGUCAAAGUUGCUGGUGUUGAAACUGUGAAACUAUGAGGACUUUAGAUAUUUUGGAUCUUUGUAACUCAUUAAUGAAAAG